AUGACAGAGAAGUACAUGGCAUAUCUUCAAGUCCUCAAGUCAGGUGAAGAGGUCAUUGGCGACAUAUAUGAUACCGACGUCUACGAAUGGGUCAUGGCCCCGUUUGAGUCCUUCCUGGUCGAGCUCGCGCCUCCUCCGGAAUGCCAACCAAAAGACAUCAAGAUCACUCUUCACGAGCAUCAGGUUCCAGAAUUCUUUGUCUUUGAACUAGACAUCAUUGAUGAAAAGUUAUGCCCUCGGCGUGUUGCAGCGGAGACGUCCCCCGUACGUCCGUCUUUUGUAACCUUCGAUGAUGACUUCCUGGACGACUUGGAGACUUGGACUACCUUCUACGAUCCCGCUGGAAUAGUUUUAAGUUUCGAAGAUCCCGAGGAUGCGCUCUUCAAGCCACCAAAUAAAGUCCUCAUCGAUAACUGUCAGACUGAAUGCUUCUUCAAGCCGUGCAACUCCGGCGUUCAGAUGAAGCGCGAGCUCAAGACCUAUAAAAUGAUUCACGCAACCGGUUUAGACUCUCAGCUAAACCUAUGUCACCUUUACGGUGUCGUCAUGGAUGAACAUGAUUUCAUCCUUGGGGUUUUGCUAACCCAUAUUGAUAAUCGGGGUUGUCCGUUGUCAACCAAGAUCGCUCCCGAGGAACCUGAUGAUCCUCCACCUGAAGUGAGAGAACGGUGGAUGGGCCAGAUCGAUGCUGCCGUCUCUGGCUUGCAUGAAGCUGGAAUAAUCUGGGGAGAUGUAAAGGCAGAGAAUGCCUUGAUAGAUCAGGAUGAUAAUGCGUGGGUUACUGACUUUGGUGGCGGAUAUACUAAGGGCUGGGUUGAUAAAGAGGUGGCGGAGACUAUGAAAGGGGAUCGGAUGGGUAUGGCUAAGCUGAGAGAGUUCAUCUUUCCAACCGCAUCAAGCGCGGAAUAG